AUGAGCGCCCCAACACCGGCACCGCUGGUUGUGCAUCGCCGCCAUGAUAAAUCGCUGCUCAUGGGCCUUCUCCAUGCCCUCAUCAGGCCCUUGCGACCGCGUCUCGUAAAGGCCCACCACAAAGACCUCUCAAGCUCCGAAUAUCCACGCCUCAGCCCCCCCAAGAAGCUACUGCGAGACCACGACGUUAAUGAACGGUGCGUCGACAACAUAUGGAUCUACGAUAUCGCGAAAAGGGUCCAACGCGAUAAGGACCCGACCAACGUGGAAAGAGGGCAUGGCAAGGAAGCGGCGCGACGAAUAUAUUACUUCGCUGGCGGCGGCUGGCAGAUGCCCCCGAGCCCUCACCACUGGUCAUUUGCGGGAGCGCUCAGCAGUCGCCUACCGCAAACAACCCUGAGCCUCAUCUCAUACCCCCUUGCGCCCCAGUGCCCUGCCUCAAUCUCCAUGCCACGCCUGAAGACGCUCUACAGCACCAUCAUGGAGCAGUCUGCGGACAAGAAUGAGCGCGUCAUCAUCGCUGGCGACAGUUCCGGAGUAAACAUUGCGCUAAGCUUGGUGCUUUGGGCCCUUGCGACCGAGGCGCAAGGAGAAGCAGCAAGUAAAGGCCAUCCGGCAGCCAUAAUGGCAAUCUCGCCUACCACAGACCUGCGGCACGUUAACACAGACAUCCGAGCUGCAGCCCGACACGAUCCGACCUUGACAGCCCCGUUCAUCGACUCGACAGCCGCAGCCUGGUGCGGCACCAGAGAUCACCCGGCCUGGAACGGAGGCGGAGAGCGCGCUCAAUGGACUGCAGAAGACCCCCGGGUCUCACCCAUACUGGCCCCGAUUGAACGCAUCGUCGAGCGCGGCAUCCAGAUGCACGGCGUCAUCGGGACUUUUGAUGUAUUGGCCCCAGAGGCCAUGGUCUUCAUGGAAAGGUGCCGCGAGCUUGGCGUCGGGGGCAAGUGGUUGGUGUGGGAGGGCCAAAUGCACUGCUUCCCCUUGGCCUUUCGCUAUGGCUUGAAAGAGAGCGUUCAGGCUGUGGACUGGAUUGUCGACGUCCUAGGCCAAGUCUGA